CACAUUUAGAGGUUAAUUUUAUCCGAAGGAAGAAAUACUUAUGUUAUCUUAUGUGGCUACGGUCAUAUUUGUAUUUAAAAGACAUUUUUAGCUUACCGUUUUUUUGUUUGUGGCUUAGAAAAGGGUAAAUUUCGAUGAUUGUAAGAGUGAGGAUCAGCUUGUAGACCUCUACGUGAGACAUGUCAUCCCGAGGCCGCAGCGAAGUUUACCCAACAACCGCUGGGGAAAGCGGAUGGCGAAGACGAAAGCUAGACAAGAACCGACCGGCCUACGUCCGGACAGGGACCAUCAUGCGUCGUCUCGUUCCAUUUCCUACGGCACGCCAAAAGUGAAGAAGCCGGAGACAAGCACAAUGCCAUCAUCGGCAGUGGGUGAUAGGUUGAAACCCCCUCCAGCGCUCAACCUGGCCAACCCCAUUCGUCGUUUAACUAGCAGUUCGUCAUCAUCGCCUUCCUCCUCUAACCAAAAAUCUCGCAGCACGGACACAGCAAAGCUAAAACGGGAGGCAAACUGCUCAGGUGUUCUGACACCUCCAGAAGUGAAGAAAAAGAUCCAGCAUGUGACUUGGCCGUGACAUCUGCGUGACAGGCUGACAGUGGAUCACUCUUCUCAACACUCACUAUACCAGUUGUGCCCCACCCCACAGUGGUUUCACCCAUUGGCAUCAAAUAAACUCCUUUCAAAUGUAAUUUUUUUUUGGCAAGCUCCCUUGUUAAAAUGUUCUAUUGCGUAUAUGACAGGGGUGGGACUGUUGCAAUUUUGCACUACGAAUAAACCAGUUGUUUAUGUAGCGUUUUAAAAUGACAAACACGAAUUUCUGGUGUGUUGUUAUAUUUGAGACAAGAAUGUGAAUACUUUAUGUGAUUGUAUUGACAUUUGUACCUCAUUGAGGUUGUGUUUUUAAGUUGUAUUUUUUGGUGUUAGUUGGUUACAAUGUACGAUAUACCUGCUCUGUAAUUCACAACUUAGUAAGACAAGCGCAUAUUUAUUAAUAUAGCACUGUGGCUCAACCUUGAUUUUGUCAAAUUUGGCCUGAAAAUUGGUAAUGCAAAACUUAAUUCAAGUGGCAUUUAAAAAGGUCUUAAAUUGUACUCAUACCUGUCAAGUUGUUCGGUUUCGGCGUAAUUUGUACAAGUGAGUACUGAUAUUUAAAUGUGUACGCCGUACGCUCAAAAUCUGUAUGUUUUUCGUGCAUUACGUUUUUUUUUUUCUCUGGAUUUUGUCACCGUUUCGGCAACGAGACUGCAUUAGAUGCGUUACUACGUUGGUUGAAUGACGCGAGAAAAGUCAGAGACACUGUGAGAAAAGAAUGUUGUGACGCUGUAGCAAACGCGAUGCUUGGCUAGGUGGCUCCAAUAUUUCCUGACUGUAGCCGACAGCCUACAAUCUAAGCCUAGAUAUCAAAUGCUUAUAGAACUACAUGCGAAAUGACAGACGGCGGCGUUAAUAAACAGCCGCCAUUUUGAAGCGGUAGACUUCUCAGAAAGGCUCUGUGGUAGUGAACCUUCCUAGCGAACUUAAGUAACUUUUUGUCAAAAAAAAAAAAUACUCCUAAGUCGGCAAAAUCUUGACUUGAAUCUAUCUUUAAAGGGUGAAAGUUUUGAAACAUUAACAUGUUGAAAGUAGACCGAAGGGAACUAAUGCAAAACGGUAGCAAUUUUAACAACUUUUAACAGUUGAUUCACAACAUUAAAAGAUUUCCAAACAGCAAAGUUUACUAUGUCUUUUUUUUUUAAUUGAAAAAAAAAAAACAUGAAAGGUAACACCAGUUACUUUGCCAAGUAACUAAUUACUCUUACCUUCAGGUAACUGAGUUACUAACUCAAUUACUUUUUGGGAGAAGUAAUUUGUAACUAAUUAAUCACUUUUUAAAAGUAAGAUUAACAACACUGGUCAUAAAGAUGAAGUCUGCAGAAUGAAAAGUGACGAAAGCAGAGAUUUCAUUCUGCCUGUUUGUUGCCGAACAAAAUUUGCCUGCAACUUUUGCUGAUCACUUCUCAGAAUUAGCAAAAGAAUAGAAUAGAAUAGAAAUAGAAAUUAGGAGUGGGAACCUCUUGUUCCCUCACCAUACGAUGCGAUUUCCGAUACAAAGCUCACGAUAACGAUAUGGCGAUAUAACGAUUAUCGAUACAUUGGUCAGGAAAUCAUUCUAGGAUAUUCUACAAACAACUAAUAAACAGAAAAACAAGCUUCUGCUGUAAAUUGGAAUUAGUUUAUCACUAGUAGACGUCCAAUCCGUUUGAACUGGGAGGGUGGCAGCGACAUUCGCUAAGAGCAGACUGCCACCGUUGAGUAGGUUUUAUUCAUUUUCAAGCAACGUAAAGAGUCUGAGCUGCUCCACCGGCUUUUAUUUAGUUACUUCCGGUCUCCAGUCAUGGGAAUUUGCAUAUUAAGCUAAAUAUUUUGUUCCGACCGUUUCCUGAUUUAACAUUUAGGAUAUAAAUUAGGGCUGUCAAAAUUAUCGCGUUAACGCGCGGUAAUUAAUUUUUUAAAUGAAUCACGUUAAAAUAUUUGACGCAAUUAACGCACAUGUCCCGCUCAGACAGUAUUCUGCCUUUUGGUAUGUUUUACAGCAAGGCUUUUUUUGCUGUCUAACAGCGAACUCUUGUGGUCGCCCUGCGACAUGGUUUAUUGUGUUCUUGCCAGUUCAAUAUGGCUCCAUGACGUCUCGGGCUAACGCCUACGUUGUAAUAUUGUGCUUAUAUAAUCCUUGGACAAGAUUUGUCCGUAAGUAUGGUUGUUGUAAAGAAUGUACACAUUAUGUUAGCAAGUGAAAUGUUAUAUUUUUUGUAUGAGACGCUUUUUGUUUAUGUUUAGUGAACCUGUAUAGCGUGCUAAGCUAACGUUGUUGCUAAUGCAAUGCUUGUGUAC